AUGGCACGCAUAUAUGUACCAGCUCUGAUCCUCUACGGCUUCUUGGUGGUCCAUCCUGGGGAUAAUAUCACCCUGCAGUGCACUAAUGUCCUUAAGGUUCCAGGACAUGUUGCCUGGUUCAAACAAGUCAACGACUCAGAGCCUCUGUGCAUCGCGUCUAUGUACACCUCUGAGCUGUAUGUCAAUCAUCACAAUGGUUUUCAGUCCAGCCAUAUGGAAAUGUUAAUCAGCAAUAUAAUAAUCUUCCUCACAAUCACAGAGGUGGAUGUAGCUGAUUCUGGUCUGUACUUCUGUGGACUGUUCCAACAAUACUUAAUUUUCACCAAUAUGACUGUCCUGACUGUUCAAGGUAAUGUUUUCAAUCAUUUCUCAGCUGUGACUACUGGAUGCUAUGAAAUACCAUUUCCAUUGGUAUUGAUCCUGGGUGUUGUGACUGCUGUCCUCCUGAUAGUCAUCUUCAUCUUGGUCCUCAAGAUCAUACGAGACGCAAACAGACACAACACAGAACCCGUCUCUCAGACAAGAGGUCCAGGAGUCUCUUCUACGGAUGCAGGGGAGGCGUUGGAGGACCUGUCGGACGUGGAGCACGUGUUCUUGAGCGAAGCGGGAGAAGAAGAGGAUGUUGUCGAGGUUGAUGGGGGUGGUAUUGUGGGAGACCCGGCCUAA